UCAUCUAUAUAUACAUAUACACAUGUACACGCACACACACAUCGAAUCAAGCAAGCAAAACCCAUUGAAGAAAAACCUAGAAGAGAAAGAUCGAAGAAGAUGGGAUUGGUGGUGGUGAUCUCUCUGCCUCUGAUUCUGUUCUGUCUCCUUCUGGGCUUCGGAUGCUACUUCCUCGGCAGAUCCAGAGGCCGCCAAGACAUCCGUACGAAUCCUCAGGUGUACGGAGCUCCUGCUCCUCCUCCAGGCGCCGCCGUCUCUCCGCCGUCUCCUCACCUCAAGCCCGAUAAUUCUCACCAUGUCUGAACUCGUCUUCUCCCUUCUUCUUCCUCUGAUUUCAUCCUUACAACGAUGUUCGUCACUUUUGGUUCUCAUGGAUAUGCUCUUGUUUAGAUUUUUCCGUAAAAAAAAAAAAAAGGUUUCGCGAUUGCUUCCGUGUGUGUAAUCAAAUAUAUUCCUGUAUGUAAAUGAUAAAUUUAUGGCUCUGUUUGUGCUGA